GUGGAGACACUAUUGUAUCUGAUGAUCCUGAUGAAGAAGUAGAUCUUGUUUGCCGGUUAAUUUAUUAUAACCCUACCAGUUACCAUUCUAAUGCUCGAAAAUUAUAUAAAGCUAUCAAGAAUGAAGGCUACCAUUUCUCAUAUAAAAAAAUUCAUGAGUGGUUGGAGUGUCAACAACAGUACCAAAUUUAUAAACCUCCUCCAAAACACAUCACUAGAGCCAGCUAUAGUUGGAUAUCACGUCCUAAUUGUAUAUACCAGGCUGAUAUACUGUUUCUCACACAUGACAAAUAUAAAGAAAAGACAUACAAAGCAGUAUUAAAUAUAGUAGAUUGUGUGUCAAGAUAUAAGGCCUCGGAUCCUCUCAUGUCGAAGAAAAGUUCAAAAGUUACUAAAGCAUUUAAGAAAAUAUAUAAUAGCCAUAAUUACCUAUUAAUCUGGCCUCGAUUGUUACAAACAGAUAAUGGUCGGGAAUGGAUGGGUGAGACUA